CUCUCUCUCUCUCUUCUCUCCGUUCAUCUCUCUCUAAAUUAACGAAAUCCGUUUUUCUUCUCUGUUUUGCAACGCACGAAUCAGGGAGGUAUGGCUCAGAAAACCGAGAAAGAAGAGACCGAGUUUAAGGUGCCGGAAACCUUGACUCUAUGCGUCAAUAAUUGUGGAGUCACCGGGAAUCCGGCUACCAAAAACAUGUGCCAGAAAUGUUUCAACGCCACCACUGCUACAACCUCCUCCUCAUCGCCAUCUUCCACCGCCAACGCUACCUCCGGAGGAGGGGCUGUUGCUGGAGGAGCCUCAUCAGGCAUGAAAUUCUCGGGCGAGCCAUCCUCGAGAUCUGGAACUUCCCGAUCGUUGGAGAUCCGAUCCGAUUCUGUUUCAGGUACAACGACGACGGGCAGUCAGAGCUCCUCGUUGGACAACUCAGGUGUAGUGGAGACGUUGUCGAUGGUGGAAAAGAAGGUGGUGAAUCGGUGUUCUGGUUGCGGAAAGCGCGUAGGAUUGACCGGGUUCCGGUGUCGCUGCGGGGAACUUUUCUGCGGGGAGCACCGGUACUCUGAUCGACACGAUUGUAGCUACGAUUACAAGGCGGCCGGUCGAGAGGCAAUUGCUAGAGAAAAUCCGGUGGUCAAAGCAGCCAAGAUUGUCAAAGUUUGAUGGUGUAAACAUUUUCAAAUCUGAAUUUCAUCAAGUUUCCGAGAUCAGUGCUCGAUCUCACCAUCUAUCGGAAGAAAAUGAUGAUAUUUAUCAAGAUCGUUUCAUAGAGAGAUGGUUCCUUGAAAAUUAUUGGAGAUGAAGAAGAAAGUUCAUAUUCCAUCAAUUAAUCUUUUUAUUUUUCUUUUCUUUUCUUUUUUUUCCUUCUUUAUCUUGUUUUUAUUGAGAAAUGAAAGAUUAUUGUGGCUUUACUACAUUUUAUUAGUAU